UAUGGAAAACGGUGACGAAAAGGCAAAGGUUAACUCUGAUAUACCCUCGGAAGAAGAAGAUAUUGCGGUUAGAAACCGAGGAGUAUGGCGGAGCAAAAUAGAUUUUUUUAUGGCAUUGUUAGGAUCAUCUUUAUGCUUUGGUUCAGUUUGGAGAUUCGGUUACAAUUGCUAUAAAAAUGGCGGAGGAGCUUUUAUUGUUCCCUAUUUUAUAUUUUUAGUGGGGGCAGGAAUACCUACAGUUUUCAUGGAGAUGCUAAUCGGUCAAUACAGUAGUCAGGGAAUACUAUCCGUUUGGAAUGUUGUUCCACUAUUCAAAGGAAUAGGCAUAGGUGGUGUACGAGUUUUUGGAAGGAUUAUGUGCUUUACAACAUCGGUAAUCUAUAUUUCAAUUUUCGGGUUUUUAAUAAGGAUUCUAUUAUUCGAUGGAGCUGAAGUUGGCCUAAAAACUUUCUUAAGAGCCGAAUGGUCAAAAAUUGGCACUGUAUCGGCUUGGUUUGAUGCAGCUCAACAAGCUAUUUUUACUUUGGGACCUUGUAUGGGAAGUAUGGUUACACUGUCCAGUCAUAAUAGAUUUACUGAUAAUUCAUAUAGAGUUAUCGGUAUGAUGACAAUAUGCAUUGUUCUAACAUCUUUUUUUACCGGAGUUAUUACAUUUGGUUUAUCGGGUUAUUUGGCACAUAUGAGAGAGUCGCCCAUUGCAUUAAUCUUAUCUGAAUCAGACUCCUCUUUCGUAAGAAUACCCGAAGCAUUGUAUGGUAUUUCUUCAUCGAAAUUUUGGCUAAUAUUUUUCUACGUUAAUGUAUUUUUUAAUUUUUUCAAUGGAACUUCGGUUCUUGUCCACACUGUAUAUACUUCGAUUGCUGAUGAAUUGAGUUUUAUACAGCGUCGACUGAGAAUCGCAAUUCUAGCAACAAUCUGCUUUACAGCAGCCUCUCUGGGCUGUAUCACAAUAACAAGACAAGGCAGCUUUAUGACAGCAAUUAUGGAGAAUUAUAUAAAUGGAACGUCUAUUGCUCUACUCGGUUUCUUGGAAGUUGCUUCAAUCUCUUUCUUCUAUGGAGUGAAUAAAUUAAAAUCAAACAGAUUGAAGAUUGCAUUAAAACCGACAAAGAAUUGGAUUCCAGUAUGGGAUAUCAGCGAAUUACUGGUUGGCCCAAUGCCAGACUAUAUUAAAUCCGAACAGGAAGAAUUGAAAUUUAAGUUGAUUUUACCAAGAAGAAAAAGUUCUUUAUUAUCGAAUUCUUCCGAGAGUGUUUCUUCGGUUACUAGCGGUUUGCCUCCUAUGAGAGAUGACGGUCAAUGUGGAGAAGAUAUUGACACAUGGUCUGUCGAUUGGGAGGAUGAUGAGAACAAGCGUAGGGGUAAUUGGGGUGGUAGGUGGGAAUUUUUCCUAUCGGGAAUAGGUUAUUGUGUGGGUAUUGGUAAUGUCUGGAGGUUUCCCUAUCUUGUCUAUAAAAAUGGAGGCGGAGCUUUCCUACUAACUUACGUCUUAAUUCUAAUAUUUUGCGGUCUACCCAUUUUCUAUAUGGAAUUGAUUCUUGGUCAAUUCUCUAGUCUUGGUCCAUUGACAGUAUGGAGAUUUUGCCCACUUUUUAAGGGGACUGGGUACGCAACCAUAAUCACUUUAACCCUAGUCUGCAUCUACUAUAACGUUAUUAACGCUUGGUCUAUCUUUUACCUCUUCGCUUCAUUUACAAGAGGAGAAUUACCUUGGCGUUCUUGCAAAAAUUCCUUUAAUUCAUUAAAUUGUGUCGAAAGUUUAUUAACUAGGAAAGUUUGUAAUCAAACGUUUAAUGAUACAUCUUAUCCAAUUGAUUGUUUUCCUUAUCAAAAUACGACCAAUUCAUCUAUUAAAUUCUCUACUGCGGCUGAAGAAUACUUCUUCCGAUACGUGCUAAAUAAAUCUGAUGGGAUAGAAGAUGUGGGUAGUAUUGAAUGGAGAUUGGCAUUGUGCUUGGGAUUUUGCUGGUUUUUAGUUGCUUUAAUACUAUUAAAAGGUGUAAAAAGCGCUGGAAAAGUUGUCUACGUGACGGUUAUUUUUCCACUCGUUAUUUUAAUUAUCAUUUGUAUAAGAUUUACAACACUUGGAUCCGAUGCCUACCUGAAAGGUUUAAGAUAUUACAUUACUCCUAAAUGGGAACGCCUUUCAGAUGCACAAGUUUGGAGUGACGCCGCAGCACAGCUGUUCCUUUCUUUAGGUUUAUGUAUCGGGGGCGUUAUGUCAAUGGCAAGUUACAAUCGCUUUCAUUACGAUUGCUUAAAAGACGCCUAUCUUAUCUGCUUACUUGAUCUAAUAACUAGUCUUUUCUCUGGAUUUGUUAUGUUUUCAAUUUUGGGUAUUAUGGCGGAGAAAUUGUCUUUGCCAAUCAGCGAAAUUAUCACCUCGAAAUUCUCUUUAAUUUUUAUUGUUUGUCCAGAGGCAUUGUCUGAUCUUCCGUCGUCAAAUGCCUGGUCCGCUUUAUUCUAUUUCAUGUUAAUUUGUUUAGCUGUUGACUCUCAAUUUCUUAUGGUUCAUUCCCUUGCAACUGCUGUUGUAGAUGAAUUCGAAAAUCUGUUAAGAAAGAGACAAGUAUACGUUGUAAUGAGCAUUUGUUUUAUUUUAUAUCUGUUAGGCCUACCAUUCUGUACUCGAAGCGGUUUCUACAUGGUAUAUUUACUGGAUUCAUAUGUUGUUAGUUGGUCUGUUGUAUUAAUUGGAGUCAUUACCUGUAUUGCUGUAAGUUGGAUCUACAAAAUGAAACUUUGGUCCUCUAAUAUUAGAGUAAUGCUUGGUUCUGAGCCAUCAUUCUUUUGGAAAAUUCAAUGGUGGUUUACAGCACCAAUUAUACUAACUACUAUUAUGAUCUUUGCGUGGGUUAAAUACGAAGAGCCAACGGUUAAUGCUUACUCAUAUCCACGUUGGGCAAUAGGUAUAUCACUUUUACUGGGCUUACAACCGAUGGCAGUUACAGUUGUAGGAUUCUUUGUCCAAAUAUUAGGACGGUCAGAAGGAUUUAAAGAGGGUAUUAGAGGAGCUCUAAAACCUAGUUCGAAUUGGGGACCAGCACUUGCCAAAUUUCGUCAAGUAUGCGUUCUACCAUCAACGAACUCCACUAUCGACUCAUUAGAUAGGACAGCUAUGUGGGUCAAAGGAAUUUCUUCAGUUUUCGUUUCUGAACCCUUAAGCAACAAAGUACCUGAUAAAUCAUUACAUUUAAAUGACUCGAAGCAAAAAGGACCACUCUACGAUCAUUUGGGAAAUCCGCUGGCCAGAUCGAAAAAUAACUCAUCGGCAAGCCUUUUACCCAGAGUUGUCAGCUUUAAAAUAAAUAAGCAGAGAUUGUUACCUGGGAAGACAUCUCCUAGUAUAAGCACGGCUUCGGAUGAUGGAUUUACAAGAGUUGUCUUUGACUUGGACUCUCCAAUUGUCACUCCAAGAAGAGUGAAUUCUCUAAGAGAAAGAUCGGUGAGAAAGGAAAGGAAAAGACGCCGAAGCAGAAUGAGAAUUAUUGAAGAGAACGUUAAAUUUGCAAGAGAUAAAGCGACACAAACUGAAAACGGGGCGGAAACUUCUUCAAUAUCUAGUCGGCAAAGUCCAGAGGGUAGUGAUACACCAACACAUCCACUUAACAAUUAUAGGGUUUUGGAACCUCGAAUAAGAAUAAUAGAGAAUGGAGGAUUCGAUAAUAAAGCCUUUCAGAAAGACGAGACACCUGUAGAAACCAAACUUUGA